ACCUCAUUUCCACUGCGCGGGAGAAACCCUGAACCUCACCCGUCUCCUCCAUCACCGAUCUCCUCCGCCUUCUCAAUGUCGGUGGGAGUCCGGCACCUCUCCGUCCUCGGAGAGUUCAAGCCCUUUGGGUUGAAGGCAGAGGAGCAGGAUGGCGAGCCUGUUGAUGCCUUGCCGGACAAGUACGACUACUUCCUCUUCGACCCCGCUGUGGCUCGUGAACGCGAUGAGCUUUUCUCUCCUUCUCAUGAAUUUUCCACUCCUGAUCCCCCAUCUACUUCCGGCGACCACGAGAUCUUCAUCCGUGGUAACAGGAUAAUAUGGAGCAUGGGUUCACAAGUUCAUAAAAGAUACACAGCCUCAAAUUCGAUUAUCAUGGCAUGCUGGUGUCGUAUGGAUGCUAUAUCAGAUGCUCUUCUUUGUGUUUUACAAGUUGACAGCAUAUCAAUAUAUUAUUCUUCUGGUGAGGUGGUUUGUAUACCUCUUCCAUAUGGCAUUGCAUCCAUUUGGCCCCUUCCGUUUGGUUUACUUUUGCAAAAGUCAAUGGAUGGGAGCCGCCCAAUCUCAUCUUCAAGCUCACUGCUAAAUGCAAGGGAUUUAUCCCGUUUUAGUAAAGAAUAUGGUUUGAAUUACUAUAAUUCUCAUCAACUGAAUUCUUUGGAGACUAUUGCAAAGGAAGCUGGGGCUAUUACAUCAUCACACUUGAUCCUGAAGCACCCUUUGGAAGAACCUCAGGCGACAUAUAUUGAAGAAAGAGGUAAAUGGAGCACCAUGAAAGAUUUUGACGAGAGAAUUAUUUGGACUAGUGAUAUCAUGCCGUUGAUGGCUUCAUACCAUAAAGGCAAGUUACAGCAUUCUUUUUGGGUGGCAGAAACCACACCCCACCCCAAAGCAGUCCACGCUAGUUCUGAGAUAUGUACACGGCAAAUCUCUUUUCGGAGGAUAUGGCAAGGAAAAUGCUCCCAAUCUCCUGCUAGUAAGGUGUUUUUAGCUACUGAUACUGAUGGUGUGGCCAUUCUCUGUCUUCUACUUCAAGAGCAAAAGCUAAUGCUUGCAGUAAGACUUCAGAUCGAUGAGGGAAAUGAUGACUUUCUGAUUGAUAUUAGACCUCAUUUGAGCUGGAGUAUCCCUGCUGUUGAUGCUGAGCCAGUUAUUGUUACACGCCCAAGAUAUAAUUCUGGCCUCCUACCUUUCACUGACAUAAUCGUAUUGACUUCAGACAACUGCCUUUUCCUUUAUUCAGGUAAAGAGUGCCUUUGCAAAUAUUUGUUGCCAACUACAGUGGGAAAUUACGUGGUUUCACCUAACAAGCAAUGCUAUGAAAGGGAUGAUCAACUCUAUAACUUGAAGAUUGUGGGUUUGGGGGAUGCUGUGGAAGGACGGAUAAACAUCAAUCUCAGUAAUGGGCAGGUAUUUCGGUGUGCAUUGCGCAGAUUCCCAUCCUCCUCUCUAGCAAGUGACUGUAUUGCUGCUAUGGCAGGAAUGCAUCCUUCAUUUUAUAAUCAUUUUAUUCUUCUUCUAUGGGGUGAUAAUGAUUCGUCUUACUUGUCUAGUUCUAGCACCCUUGUUGAUUCAGAAUGGGAUUCUUUUACUAGUUCAGUGAUGAAAAUUUGUAAAAGAUAUUUCUCUAGUUCUACAACAAGUGCUACUACUACAUCAGAUACUGCAUGGUCGCAUCUAAUUCACAGCAAGUUUCACAAGGAUUACUGUAAACGAACGUCUAUAUCUGGCAUUUCUUCUGUUGCCAUGCCAUUCCCUGGUGGUUCUGAUUAUUUUUCUGCUAACAACAUCGGGAAAGAACAAAAUCGAGAUUCAUUGUUUUAUGCUAAGCUCAUAAGAGAAACAUUGGAUUCCUUACAUGCCCUCUAUGAGAACUUGAAGCUUGUUAGUCUACGUAAACGGGAUGUGGGACUUCUGGCUGUUUUAUUAUGUAACAUUGCUGCAGCUUUGGGUGAGGCAUCCUUUGCUGACUACUACAUUCGCGAUUUCCCUUGUAUCUUAGGGGAAAUUGGUUCAUACUCUUGUACUGUUUCUCCAAAAUCACCUCCAAACCUAUUCCGAUGGCUUGAAAGUUGUCUUAAACAUGGUUGCCAUUCAGUUGAUACUAGUGAUAUUCCACCUCUAGUGUUCAGUGAUAAAAUAUGUGCUGUAGGUUGGGCUAGAAAAAUUAUUUGUUUUUACAGCUUGCUCUUAGGAGCAGAAAGAGUUGGGCGGAAGCUAUCUACGGGAGUAUACUGUGAUCUUGCUAAGGGAUCAAUUAGGACAAAAGAGGAAGUCACCGUUUUAGCUAUGGUAGCAGAAAAAUUUGGACGCCAACAACUGGACAUACUUCCAGUUGGUGUGUCCCUUCCACUACGUCAUGCGUUGGACAAGUGCAGAGAAUCCCCUCCACCUGAUUGGCCUGCAGCUGCUUAUGUUCUGAUUGGCCGUGAAGACUUGGCCAUGUCUCGUUUUUCAUCUUCAGGGCAAGCCAAAAGGGAUGAAUCCAAUAAUAGUGCAGACUUCAUAUCUAACUCUGUGCCAUACAUGCUUCAUCUACGGCCAGUGACUCUUCCUUCAUCAAUUUCUGAUGUCUUGAAGUUAAAUACUGUAAAUUUUGAGGAUACAGAUACCCUUGAUAAGUCUAUAGAAGAUGGCAUGGAGCACAUUUUCAACUCUAGCACACAAUUGCGCUAUGGCCGGGAUAUGCGGUUGAAUGAGGUUAGACGCCUUCUAUGCUCUGCGAGGCCUGUGGCCAUUCAAACAGCUGUUAGUCCCAGUGCCUCUGAUCAGGAUUUCCAACAGCACCAACUAUGGAAUCUUGCACAGAGGACUACUUCCCUUCCUUUUGGACGGGGAGCUUUUACCUUAGCUACCACUUACACCCUUUUAACGGAAACACUUUCAUUCCCAAAGCUUUCUUUGGCAGGCCGACUGCCUGCACAACAAAAUGCAACUGUUAGUCUAGAUCCAAACGUAAGAAACAUACCAGAACUUAGAUCUUGGCCGGAAUUCCAUAAUGGUGUUGCAGCUGGACUGAGAUUGGCACCCUUCCAGGGUAAGAUGUCUAGAACUUGGAUACAAUACAAUAAACCUGAGGAACCAAAUGUUACCCAUGCAGGGUUGCUACUGGCAUUGGGUUUGCAUGAACAUUUACGUGUUCUGUUAAUCACUGAUGUGUAUAAAUACCUUGCUCAGGAACAUGACAUCACUACCGUUGGGAUAUUGCUUGGAAUGGCAGCAUCCUAUAGAGGGACAAUGCACCCAGCUGUAUCAAAGAUGCUUUUCCUUCAUAUUCCUUCCCGACAUCCAUCAUCGUUUAUAGAGUUGGAUCUGCCAACACUUUUGCAGUCUGCAGCACUGAUGGCUAUUGGUUUUCUUUAUGAGGGAUCUGCACACCCAUUAACCCUGAAGAUUCUACUCGGUGAGAUAGGCAGAAGAAGCAGCGGUGAUAAUGUACUUGAAAGAGAAGGCUAUGCUGUUGCUGCAGGAUCAGCGUUGGGACUGGUAGCUUUAGGGCGGGGAAAGGAUGCAUUUGGUUUCAUGGACACUUUUGUUGAUCGACUUUUCCAGUACAUUGGUGGGAAAGAAGUCUAUCAUGAUAGAUAUUUUGGUUCAGGGCAAUCAGCAAGUGAACACAACCGAAUUGCCGGGCAGAUGAUGGACAGUGCACAAAUCAAUGUUGAUGUAACUGCACCUGGAGCUACAAUGGCACUUGCUUUGAUAUUUUUGAAGACUGAAUCAGAAGCGGUAGCUUCUAGGCUUUCUAUCCCAAUGACACACUUCGAUUUGCAAUAUGUGAGGCCUGACUUCAUCAUGCUUCGCAUAAUUGCUAGAAACUUGAUAAUGUGGAGCAGAAUUUGCCCAUCUGGAGAUUGGAUUGAUUGUCAGAUUCCUGAAAUUGUGAAAGAUGGGAUUGCGAAAUUGACUGAUGAUGCGAAGGACAGUGAUGAAAUUGAUGUAGAAGCUCUUGUGCAGGCAUAUGUCAACAUAGUUGCGGGUGCAUGUAUUGCUCUAGGUCUAAAAUUUGCUGGCACUAAAAACAGUGAUGCCCAAGAGCUACUUUACAGUUAUGCAAGAUAUUUUCUUAAUGAGAUAAAACAUUUAUCUUUGAUAAGUGGGAGUGCCUUCCCAAAGGGAAUAUCAGCACAUGUAGAUCGUGGAACGUUGGAAAUAUGCCUUCACCUCAUUGUUCUUUCUCUAUCUGUGGUCAUGGCAGGUUCCGGGCAUUUACCAACUUUUCGUUUGUUGAGAUACCUUCGUAGCCGUAAUUCUGCUGAAGGGCAUAUCAAUUUUGGUAUCCAGAUGACUGUAAGCUUGGCUAUAGGAUUCUUGUUUCUUGGAGGAGGAACACAAACAUUUUCAACAGAAAACAGUGCUGUUGCUGCAUUAUUGAUUACUCUUUACCCUCGUUUGCCCACUGGCCCAAAUGACAAUCGUUGUCACCUCCAGGCUUUUAGGCAUCUUUAUGUUAUUGCUGCAGAAUCACGGUGGGUACAAACAGUAGAUGUUGAUACUGGCCUUCCUGUUUACGCUCCUCUUGAAGUGACCAUUACGGAAACUGAUAAUUAUUCUGAGACAAGCUUCUGUGAAAUCACUCCUUGCAUUCUACCAGAACGCUCCAUGCUGAAGAAUGUUCGAGUGUGUGGACCUAGAUAUUGGCCCCAAGUUAUACAUCUUGUGCCUGAAGAUAAGCCAUGGUGGAGAUCUGGUGACAAGACUGAUCCUUUUAAUGGUGGCGUCCUGUAUAUAAAGAGGAAGGUUGGGUCCUGUUCCUACAUAGAUGAUCCAGUUGGAUGCCAAUCUUUGCUUUCGAGGGUAUCUGAUACAUCACACCUUAGUAGUUUUUUCACGAAAAUUUGCAGCAACAAUGAACCAGGUUCCUUCAAGGUUGAUCACUUGGUCAGUACAUUUUCUGCUGACCCUAGCUUAAUUGCUUUUGCACAACUUUGCUCAGAUUCCUCAUGGAAGACCAAUACUGAUAGGGAUUUUCAGGAGUUCUGCUCACAAGUAUUGUUUGAGUGUGUGAGCAAGGACAGGCCAGCACUCCUUCAGUUGUACCUCUCUUUCUACACAACAGUUGGAUCAAUGUGGGAGCAGGUGCUAAAUGGUCAUCUUGUCUUUCAUGAUUCACUAUUUCUUUCGAGCUUAAAGCUUGCACUAGCCUACAAUGAUGCUCUAGUCUCUGGCCAGUUAACUAGCACAAGUGGAGGCAUUGUUCAACCAACCUUUGUUGAGUCUAUUAAGAAGCGCAUAGAGGAAAUCCUUACGUCUCCAUACAUGUUUAAAGACCACUUCCAUAAGUAUUUGAGUCUUGGUAAGUGGCCUGAAGAACAACAUAGUGGGAGUAAGAUGAAUGCCAUUUUACUUUCUUGGUAUCUUUGCUGGUUUGGUGUACCACCACCCCAUAUUGUUAGAUCGGCUCUGGUGAAAAUCAGAUCAAAGGUUCCAUGUUCAUCAUCUCUGGCACCUUUUCUUCGCAUGUUACUUCCGUCAACUCAUACCAAAGCCAUAACUGAAAUUGAUCAAUGGCAAGGUUUGCUUGAAGGUGGAGUUUCAGGAUGAGAGAUCGCCAUCAAUGAGCAGCAGUUCACAUUCAAAUGAGUAUUUACAUAUUUAAAUAUAUGGAUGGAAAACAUCAAAAUUUUGUUAUCUAAUGAUGCUCAGAAAAUUUUGUUUAAAGGUGGUUGCUUAUAAUGUGUGACUGCUCUUGGUGCGCUGGCUGUGGAGCCUACGUCUAAAAGCUUUCAGGAUGAUUGGAACUUGGAAGCCAUGGAGCCUACUUCUGGUGUUUUGCAUGGGGGACUAAAUGCACUAUGCCUUCAUGUAAUUAUGCAGAAAAAUUCAGGUGACUUUAGAACUGGUCCAGAGUAUGUAUUGGAGUCAAUGUUUUAGAUUCCUUGUUUUGUUUUCAUUUGAGUAAUCUAAUAAAGGCUUUGUGUUUUUUUCUUAGUUGCUUA